AUGACAUCUGUGGAACCCAAUAAAGAGAAGCCAGCGGGCAAAUCUCUUUUCACAACAUCAGCUGGUGGAGCAUCUCUCUUGAUUGCAUUGCAAGCCGGGUCUCGAGCGCUGACAUUCAUCGUGAAUCAGGUACUUCUCCGGUAUCUCUCACCCGAGCUCCUUGCUGUGUCCACACAACUUGAAGUUUACUCCAUCACUGUACUUUUCUUCUCCAGAGAAAGUCUGCGUGUCGCAAUACAGCGCCAGACCGACACGAGCGAUGAUGACUCUAAAGCCAAACAGGACAGUACUCUGUCCACAAAGGACAGAUAUUUGGAUAGCCGAACGACUGCUGGUAAAAACCAAGCAAUCGUGAAUUUGUCUUACAUUUCUAUUGCUCUCGGAUUGGCAUCUACGGUGCUCUUUGGUUGGAUCUAUGCCAAUGCCGGACAAACUGGCGUGGUUGAAACGCCUUAUUUUCAACAAUCUUUGAAACUAUACGGUGUGGCUGCAAUUAUAGAAUUGGUCGCUGAGCCAUGUUUCGUCAUCGCGCAACAAAAAUCGGCCUUCAAAGUCCGAGCUGCUGCGGAAUCGAUAGCAACAGUUUUGAGAUGCAUUGUUACUUGCGCUGUUGCGGUUUGGGCUGCGCAUCAUAAGAUAGAGUUGGGUGUACUGCCGUUUGCCAUUGGUCAGGGGGCAUAUGCUAUUGCAAUACUACUAGUGUACUUACUGGGCGUCUGGAACAUUGCAACAAGGGGCGGCUUCUCAUUAAUGAUCAAGCCUAUUUACAGUAAGAACAAGGAGUAUAUUUACUCUCACCUCUCCAAACCACUCUUGUCUUUGGGAGGGAGUCUGAUGGUACAAUCAAUGGUAAAACAUGUCUUGACACAAGGCGACACGUUUCUUAUAGCAUCUAUGGCCACCCAAACAGCCCAAGGUAUCUAUGCACUGGCGAGCAACUAUGGUGGUCUGAUUGCUCGACUAGUCCUACAGCCAAUUGAGGAAAUGUCUAGAAACUACUUCGGGAAGCUCCUUUCUGUCGUUGAUGGAAAGCCAGGCAAGGGAGCUGCCGAGAAAGCCAGCGCAGACUUGCACAGGCUUCUACGUAUAUAUCUUAUAUUGUCAGUUGCCAUAGUUGCCGUGGGUCCAACUAUCGCCCCGCUUCUAUUGAACUUCAUUGCUGGCCCACGAUGGCAAUCGUCUGGGGCCGGCAAUGUUCUUGCAGUGUAUUGCUACUACAUACCAUUACUUGCACUAAACGGAGUGUGCGAGGCUUUUGUAGCCGUUGUUGCAACCGAAGCCGAAGUUUACAGGCAAUCUUUGUGGAUGUCUGCUUUCUCUGCCGGCUUUGGUGGUGCCGCUUAUCUGUUUUUAGGAAUAUUGGAUCUCGGGGCCGAAGGUCUAGUACUGGCAAAUAUGGCUAACAUGCUCUUGCGGAUCAUAUGGUGCGGUCGUUUCAUUCUGACCUACUGCGGGCGCUAUGGCGCUAAAUUCACAGUUAAGGAUCUGUUACCACGACCUAGCACAAUCUCACUUGGGGUUGUUACUUAUGCCGCACUUGCUCAGAUGAGAACAACAUUCACGGGUAGUUUAGUGGACAUUGUCAAGAGUGGUUUGGUGGCAAUAAUUUUUGUAAUUCUCCUAGCCACGAGCGAGAAGGGAUAUCUCCUCGAAUGUUACCAUGCAAUUAAAGGGUGA